AUGUCGACCCUCGUUCCCCCACCUAGUAAACGGCAAAAGCUCGCUGCAGCCGAGAAGGCGCGGGAGCAGCAGGAGAUUCAAAAUAUUCCCACUGAUCUCGGCAGUGUGCGAGUGCAGUUCUUCGACCAGGCGACUGGCAAUGCUACUGGGCCUGCGGUCUCGGUCCCUGUGGCCGAUGCGAACAUCAAGAACCUCGAGACACUGUUGAACACAUUGCAAGGAAAUGAGGAUGAUGAACGAGUGCCGUAUCGCUUCACCCACCACUCCGAAAAACAGGACGGACCGACCAUUGACAUUCUUUCGGACUUGUACCACUCGCUACUCCAACCGGGCGUCAAGACUACUGAAGAUACAAUCUCUCUUUUCUUCACCCCGCAAGCCGUUUUCCGAGUCAAGGCCGUCUCCCGCUGCGCAGCCUCUAUCGCCGGUCAUGGCGAAGCCAUUCUUGCAACCUCUUUCUCUCCCGUCUCCUCUUCUACAAUGGUCUCCGGAAGUGGUGACUCUACCGCGCGAAUCUGGGAUUGCGAUACUGGAACUCCCCUUCACACACUGAAGGGUCAUACCAGCUGGGUGCUGGCCGUGGCGUACUCGCCGAACGGUGCCCUGAUUGCGACCGGUAGUAUGGACAAUACGGUGCGACUGUGGGAUGCGAAGAAGGGACAGCCCCUCGGCGGCCCGCUCAAGGGUCACGCGAAGUGGAUUACGAGUCUGGCCUGGGAGCCAUACCACGUCCAGGAGUCCGGACGUCCUCUUCUGGCAUCGGCGUCUAAGGACUCGACCGUCCGCAUUUGGGAUGUUGUUUCGAAGCGCAUUGACAAGGUUUUAACUGGACACAAGGGCUCUGUUACCUGUGUACGAUGGGGUGGUACCGGCAAGAUCUAUACUGCGUCGCACGAUAAGACCAUCAAGAUUUGGAACUCCAAGGACGGCACAAUUCUUCAGACUCUGUCCGCACAUGCCCACCGCGUUAAUCAUCUUGCUCUUUCUACCGACUUUGCUUUGCGCGUUUCUUACCACGACCACACUGGUAAGGUCCCUGCGACAGAAGCUGAGAAGGUUGCCGCUGCAAAGAAACGAUUCGAGGAGGCUGCGACUGUGAACGGAAAGAUUGUUGAGCGCUUGGUGUCGGCCAGUGAUGAUUUCACUAUGUACCUGUGGGACCCGUCCAGUGGGAACAAGCCGGUUGCUCGUCUGUUGGGACACCAGAAGGAAGUGAACCACGUUACUUUCUCCCCAGAUAUGGCAUACAUCGCCUCUGCUGGAUUUGAUAACCACGUGAAGCUGUGGAACGGACGUGACGGAAAGUUCAUCACCACUUUCCGUGGCCACGUCGGUGCUGUUUACCAGUGUUGUUUCUCCGCUGAUUCGCGACUUCUCGUGUCCUCAUCCAAGGAUACGACCCUCAAGGUGUGGGAUGUGCGCUCGGGUAAACUGUCGGUGGAUCUGCCGGGUCACCAGGACGAAGUAUUCGCCGUUGAUUGGAGUCCCGAUGGGCAGAAGGUUGGCAGUGGUGGCAAGGACAAAGCGAUUCGGAUUUGGCGAAACUAG